GCAUUGCUUAUAUUCUCUUAUGAUGUUUUUAAUGAGCAAGUCUAUGAUUCUGUGCUAGAAAUUGAGUUCUCUAAGGUGAUGCAAAUCUUCUAUCCACAUUCCAUACAGCUGAAUCCGUAUGGAUUUCCUGGCACCGAUCCGAAUGACUGUCCUCGAAGCAUUUCGAAAUUGAAGGCCUUAAUCAAGAAUUGUAAUAAUGCUCUCAGUCCAGAUCUGCAUGGUAACUAUAGAGAUGCCCGAUAUACGGAGAGAAAACAUCAUUGGUGGUGGAAGGCGAACUACGUUUUCCAUAAGCUUGAAGUAACCAAGAAUUUUACUGGUCUAUUUUUAUUCCUGGAGGAAGAUGAUAUAGUGGCCGAAGAUUUUUUGUUUGUGCUCUACAAAAUGCAGAAAUCGGCCAAUAAGUUAUGCGCGCAUUGCAAUAUCUUUAGUCUGGGUGGCAAUUUAAGUUCUCUCAAGGUCAAUUCAAAACGAGAUGACAACGCGUACUCCAAGGUUCAAUAUGCAGCUUGGUCCAGUGAAGAGCACGCUGUAGCAGUCGCCUUCAAUGCAAGCACCUGGUCGGAAAUCCUCAGUUGUGCUCAAGACUUUUGCACAUACGACGAUUAUAAUUGGGACAGAUCAUUGCAACACAUAGGCGAAACGUGCAUCAAAGGGGGUCUUAAUGUGCUCACCGUCAAGAAGCCACGGGUUUAUUCCACUCGAAAUUGCUCAUACCUAAGCAUGUCCAAGGCAAAUUUGGAGCUUGGGUCAGCCAGUAAACUUGGCCAGCUGUAUCCGGCCACACUUAAAUUAUCCAGUUCUAUUCUAAAAGCUGCAACCAAGCAGCCCAUCGAGGUCAUGAAAAGUGGGGAUUGGAGCGAUCCACGCGAUCAUCGGCUUUGCCUAAACUUAGCUUAUGGCUAAUAGUAAAUACAAUUUA